UCUCUCUCUCUCUCUCUCUCCUUCGAAGGCGCUCUUAGAAAAACCCUACUAGGGUUUUGCCUCCAUAUUUGGAUCUCUGCUGCAGGCUUCGAUUUCCAUCGAGUUUCAAGGGGUUUUUUCUUCGAUUCUUUUUCUUUUAUACUCUUCAAUCUUUUGUUGUUGGUAGACGUCUCGAUUUGCUGUUUGCUGUCGAUUUCGCUGUUCGGAUCUCUGUCGAUCUGUGUUUUGCGGCCAUGGAUACUCGCAAGAGAGCUAGAAAUGAAGGUGGUAUUAACGCUAAUGGCGGCUUUAAGAGGUCCAGGCCAGAAAUGGACUCCCUAUCAUCUGGUAUAGGAAGCAAAUCGAAGCCUUGCACGAAGUUUUUCAGUACUGCUGGCUGUCCGUUCGGGGAGAACUGCCACUUUCUUCACUAUGUCCGCGGUGGAUAUAAUGCGGUCGCACAGAUGAUGAACUUGGGGCCCACCCCUGUUUCAAGAAGCGUGGCUGCACCACCUCCCAUUCCCAAUGGUUCUUCUGCACCUACUGUUAAGACCCGUAUGUGCAACAAAUAUAACACUGCGGAGGGCUGUAAGUUUGGUGACAAGUGCCAUUUUGCCCAUGGGGAGUGGGAACUUGGCAAGGCUUUUGCCAUGUCCCAGGACGAUACUCGUGGUCUGGGAGCUAUCCCAGGCCGUUAUCCUGGACGGAUGGAGCCACCUGCACCAGGCCCUGUUGCCGGAUUUGGUGCCUCAGCCACCGCCAAAAUUAGUGUAGAUGCUUCGCUUGCGGGAGCUAUCAUUGGGAAAGGGGGUGUGAAUUCGAAGCAGAUCUGUCGUCAAACUGGGGUGAAGCUAUCCAUUCGAGAGCACGAGUCGGAUGCUAACCUCAGGAACAUUGAACUUGAAGGAACAUUUGAUCAGAUUAAAGAAGCAAGUGCGAUGGUGAGGGAGCUGAUUGUGAAUGUCAGUUCAAUGACGGGAACUGCUAAGAUUGCUGGUGGUCCUGCAGCAACACCGGCAAGCAACUACAAGACCAAGCUGUGCGAGAAUUUUGCAAAGGGUUCGUGCACAUUUGGGGAUAGGUGUCACUUUGCUCAUGGAGCUGCUGAGCUGCGGAAAUCAGCUGUUGUGUGAGCUGAGAGAGAGAGAAAGAGAUAGAGCAUUAUUAAUGGGUUUUUGUGGUGGUGGUGGUAGUGCAGAGCUCCAGUGACCAACCCCCUGUGUAAUGUAACGAUAUUUUAUCAUUAUCGCUUUUUUAGCACCGUUUCAGUGACCUUUUUGCUUGAAGUUAAUUGAACUGCAGCAGUUGUUUAUUAUGAUUUGAUUUGCCCAUUUUAGUUA